CGGGCGCUGCCCAGGAAACUCGGCGCGAUGCUGUGCGCCCGGAGGCUGGGCGGCCUGCGGGCCGGGCUCCGCGUGCGGCGGGUCAGCACCCGCUGGUCCCCGGUGGGCGCCGCCUUCACCGUGCAGCCCCAGGGCCGCCGCCUGGACUGGUCCGGCGAGCGCGGGGGUCUCUUUGGUGUUCCUGAGCUCAGUGCCCCAGAAGGAUUCCGCGUGGCCCAGGAGAAGGCCCUGAGGAAGACGGAGCAGCUGGUGCGACGUGUGUGCGCCACGCCGCCCGGGCCGCGGACCGUGCUCAUCUUCGACGAGCUCUCGGACUCCUUGUGCAGGGUGGCCGACCUGGCCGAUUUUGUGAAGAUUGCUCACCCCGAGGCGGCGUUCAGGGAGGCUGCGGAGGAGGCUUGUCGGAGCAUCGGCACCAUGGUGGAGAAGUUGAACACAAAUGUGGAAUUAUAUCAAAGUUUGCAGAGGUUACUAGCUGAUAAGAAACUUGUGGAGUCCCUUGAUCCGGAAACCAGACGAGUAGCCGAACUGUUUAUGUUCGAUUUUGAAAUCAGCGGAAUCCAUCUAGACCGAGAAAAGCGUAAAAGAGCUGUGGACCUGAACGUUAAAAUCUUGGAUCUGAGCAGCGCAUUUCUCAUGGGAACCCACUUACCCAACACGAUUGAGAAGCGCCUCCUGCCGGAACGCAUCCGGCAUCACUUCAAGCUGGCCGGGGACCACGCGGUGGUGGACAGUCUGCGCGCAGAAGCGCCCGACGACUUGGUGCGAGAAGCUGCUUAUAAAAUUUUUCUUUAUCCCAAUGCUGGUCAAUUGAAACGUCUAGAAGAGUUGCUCAGCAGCAGAGACCUCCUGGCAAAGUUGGUAGGAUAUCCUACCUACUCCCACAGGGCCCUCCAGGGAACAAUCGCCCAAAGUCCAGAGACUGUCAUGGAGUUCCUUGAGAAACUGUCUGACAAACUCUCUGAAAGAACUAUGAAAGAUUUUGAGAUGAUUCGAGGGAUGAAAAUGAAACUAAAUCCUCAAAAUUCUGAAUUGAUGCCCUGGGAUCCCCCAUACUACAGCGGACUGAUUCGGGCUGAGAGGUUCAACAUCGAGCCCAGUCUCUACUGCCCGUUCUUCUCCCUGGGCGCCUGCAUGGAGGGCCUGAGCCUCCUGUUCAACAGGCUUCUGGGGGUCUCGCUGUAUGGGGAGCAGCCCGCAAAGGGCGAGGUGUGGAGUGAGGAUGUCCGCAAACUGGCCGUGGUUCAUGAAUCAGAAGGACUGCUGGGGUACAUUUACUGUGACUUUUUUCAGCGAGCAGACAAACCACACCAGGAUUGCCACUUCACCAUCCGAGGAGGUCGUUUAAAGGAAGACGGGGACUACCAGCUCCCCGUGGUGGUCCUUAUGCUGAACCUGCCCCAUUCCUCAAGAAACCUGCCCACACUAUUGACUCCUGGGAUGAUGGAGAACCUUUUCCAUGAGAUGGGACAUGCCAUGCACUCGAUGCUGGGACGGACUCGAUACCAGCACGUCACUGGGACCAGGUGCCCCACGGACUUCGCCGAGGUCCCGUCUAUCCUGAUGGAGUAUUUUGCCAGUGAUUACCGGGUGGUUCACCAGUUUGCCCGACACUAUCAGACCGGUCAGUCACUGCCCAGAAAUAUGGUGUCUCGUCUUUGUGAAUCUAAAAAGGUCUGUGCCGCAGCGGACAUGCAGCUUCAGGUCUUCUACGCCGCCCUGGACCAGAUCUACCACGGGGAGCACCCGCUCCGGAGCUCGACCACAGACAUCCUCAGGGACACGCAGGAGCGCUUCUACGGCCUGCCCUACGUCCCCAACACUGCCUGGCAGCUGCGCUUCAGCCACCUGGUGGGUUAUGGCGCCAAGUACUACUCCUACCUGAUGUCCAGGGCCGUGGCGUCCAUGGUCUGGAGAGAGUGCUUCCGGCAAGACCCUUUCAACAGGGCGGCGGGGGAGCGCUAUCGCCGGGAGAUGCUGGCCCACGGCGGGGGCAGGGAGCCCAUGCUUAUGGUGCAAGGUAUGCUUCAGAAGCGUCCUUCUAUUGACGACUUCGUAAACACCCUAGUUUCUGACCUGGACCUAGACUUCGAGACCUUCCUCAUGGAUUCUACGUAAGGGAGACACCUGAGUCCUUUAGGUCAGGGUCAUGGUGACGCUGAUUCUGUUGUUAAGUGCUGCAGCUACAAACACUUGUUUCUGAGUUCCGUAUUCACUUCUGUGAUAACUUGUGAAAAGCCUCAAACCCGUGGAUCUUGGAAUAAAUAAUUUUUUUUAAAUUAC